AUGCCGGCGCCGGCCAGCAGUGGCAACCAACUUCAUGGCGACCCUGCCAGUCGGGCUGCUCGAGCCAGCCCCGGCUUAGACGCCAACCAGCCAGCCAGUAAGCCAGCCAGCCAGCCAACCAGCCAGCUAGCUAGCCCAGCACCAGGCCCGCCGCCACUACCAACACCGCCUGUGCCUAACAGCAACCACCAGAUGACUACAGGCCAGGACGAGUGCGGCAUGUGCGCGCCGCCCGCCACCGGCGCCAGUGUGCUCCCCAAACCCCACCCGCACCCGCGCUACAACAACAAGGCCGCCCGGCUCCGCACCUUCAAAGACUGGCCCAAGAGCAUGAAGCAGAAACCCGAGGAGCUCGCCGAGGCCGGCUUCUACUACACCGGCCAGAGCGACAAGACCAAGUGCUUCUACUGCGACGGAGGACUCAAGGACUGGGAGGAGGACGAUGUCCCAUGGGAGCAGCACGCGCGUUGGUUCGACCGGUGCGCGUACGUUCAGCUCGUCAAGGGAGAAGAUUACGUCCAGAAGGUCAUGAGCAGCCAAAAAGGAAAAGUCAUCAUUGCUCCGAACAAAGCGUCCAACAGCGUAUUCACCGUCGACCCCAACUACCAACUCGGCCGGAUCACCAGCCACCUCAUGGACAUGGCAGAGCCCACACUUCCAGGAGACAAUACCGAAGCCGUCACGUAUACCGCAGCCAAACGCAAACCUAACAAGUAA